AAAAGUCCCACUCUCAAACCACAAGGGUUUCUACUUUCUCUGUGGUCCAAGCUCUGGAUUACCCUUUAUAAUUCUCCUCUAUCUCUACAAAACCCAUUUCUCCGAAUCUCCGACGGAUUUGAAUCGGGUCGUCUAGAAAUGCAAGAAUCCGGGUUGGGGAUGAUGAUUGGUGGCGGCGGCGACGGUCAUCAUGACCAGCAUAACCGGCAGCUCAAAGCUGAGAUAGCCACGCACCCUCUUUACGAGCAGCUCCUGUCUGCACACGUGUCCUGUCUCAGGGUGGCGACGCCAAUCGAUCAGUUGCCGCUCAUAGACGCUCAGCUGUCUCAGUCGCACCACCUCCUGCGCUCUUACGCUUCUCAGCCGCAGCAUGGCCAGUCAGUCUCCCCACACGAGCGCCAAGAGCUUGACAACUUUUUGGCACAAUAUCUGAUAGUUUUGUGCUCUUUCAAAGAACAUCUUCAACAACAUGUCAGAGUCCAUGCGGUUGAAGCUGUAAUGGCCUGCCGUGAAAUCGAAAGCAACUUGCAGGCUCUUACUGGAGUGAGUCUGGGCGAAGUUUCGGGUGCAACAAUGUCCGAUGAUGAGGAUGACAUGCCGAUGGAUUUCACAAUGGAUCAAUCCAGCGGCGAAGGGCAUGAUAUGAUGGGAUUUGGCCCCCUACUCCCAACUGAAUCUGAACGAUCGUUAAUGGAAAGAGUUCGACAGGAAUUGAAGAUUGAGCUGAAGCAGGGAUUUAAGUCAAGAAUUGAAGAUGUAAGAGAGGAAAUUCUAAGAAAAAGAAGGGCAGGGAAAUUACCGGGGGACACAACUACGGUGCUGAAGAAUUGGUGGCAGCAACACUCUAAGUGGCCCUACCCAACUGAAGAUGACAAGGCAAAGCUUGUGGAGGAGACAGGGUUGCAGCUGAAGCAAAUAAACAAUUGGUUCAUUAACCAAAGGAAGCGGAACUGGCACAGCAACUCUCAAUCGGUCACCUCCUUAAAGUCCAAGCGCAAAAGAUAGACAAAAACACCAUAACCACCGUUGGAUCUUGUUUGAUAAUCGGAGAAACUGAUGAACUCAUGACUUUUGUGUCUGCUGAAUUGUGUGACAUUGGGGAAGUAUAUAUAGUCUAAUUAGCCAACGCUCUGAAAACAGAGAAAUUGAAGUAACAAAUGGCCAACUAAUUACAUGUGAGAGGUUGUAUAAAUUCAUGUUUUCCAAAUUUCGAUCGGUAGAAUAAUGGUACUUCUUCUUUAUGUACUAUAUUUCCAUUUACUUUUGUCUGAGUUGAUUUCUUCA